AUUAUCAAAAAGUCUCCUUUUAAAAAAAAUGGGACAGAGUGACAUAUGAUUUGGGGAUAGAAAAAAGACAAGGUCUCGUUUGGAAUAUUUCUGAAAAAGAUGGCAUUGUGAUGGUUAGAACACCUUUGAUAAAGAUUGCCAUAUAGAAAAGACACAAGUUUUAUAACCUUCACUAAUGCACAAAUGAACCAGAUGUGUUGUAUUCCAUUUUGAAAAUGUAUUUGUUUCAGAAGCUAAACAAUAAUAGGACUAAUCCAAAGGAACCUAAUGAAGAUGUGAAAGAAGAGACUACACUGCUGGUUGGUGAAAGCGUGGAAAGUAGUAGAGAGCGGAUAACUUUAUCAACUUGCAUAUCAGAUACUUCCACCAGUGGAAUGGCAAUCUUAGGAGGGCCAUUACAAGCAUCCAGUGGGCCAAAAGUUUCAGAUGUUUUAGAGCUCUGUAUUUACCUCAGAGACCAGACUGUCAUCCCAUUGAAAGUAAAUAAUGGUCAACAAGCACAAACUGAAGAUCUAUUCAGGAUUGUCCAAGAGGAACAGAAACUUCCCCCAGAAGCUGCGAAUGUUUUCUCUUUGUGGUUAGUGUCCCCAUCACUUGAACUUCGCUUAAAGAAAAAUCACCGUCCUUACUACCUUGUUCAACAAUGGCAAGAGCUGUGUAAACUGUAUACUGACCAGAAAGCAGAAUAUAAGUUGAGAGAUACUCCAUUGCUGAUGUUACAAAGGAAUGUGUUUUAUUCAAAAGAAGAGGAAAUGAAACUUAACGAUGAAACCACAUUGUCUCUUUUGUAUCACGAAGCUCAAUACAAUGUGUUGGAAGGUCGGUAUGUUGUUGAUAAACUAGACUACGAUGAGUUGGCUGCAAUUCAAUUUAUCAUAGAGGAGGGCAAUCUCAUAGGGGUCAAAGGUUUAACACAAAAUCAAAGGCACAAUUUGGAAAGAUUUUACCCAGAAUUCUUGUGCAAAAGACGAUGGCAAAUUCCUGGUCUCAAAAAUUCAUCUCGAAAUGAUAUCGAAGUACGAUUUGAAGAGGCAGUAGUACGAAUUUCACAGGCUUUGCCAGAGCAGUACAGCAAAGUAUCUCUUUAUAAAAUGUAUUUACAGUUAUUAUGGAAUACACCGUUCUAUGGGUCUGCAUACUUCAGUGCUGUCGUUGACCGUCCUACCUCUAAACUCCAGAUGGUUUUCGGAGUGCACUCAAUGCAUGUGUGGGUUUGCAUCAACACGGAGGGAGUCUGUAUCAUAGAAAAAGACAAAGAUUUUGUUGAUCUGGCAGUUCCGUUCACCGAGAUGUCCUGGCAUUUCCAUGACGAUUUGGAGGACGAGAAAUUGCCGUCUUUAUUCAUUCAGUUCCUUGUGAAAGAUGGAGAAGAAACAGUGACAAAGCUGUUAGAAAUUAAUUCCCGACAGGCUAAAUUGAUGAAUGCCCUCAUUGACUCUAUGGUUAAGCGGAAACGCCAGCAGCAACACGUCCAUCGACCUCGCCGUUACAGUGAGCAGAGUUAUGACUCAGUAGAUGGUGCUAUAUCAAGUACCUUCAAUAAAAGUCUCAACAAACUUAAACGUCUCAGUUUGGACACUUACACAGUUGCAGAUCCUGCACUUGUACAUUAUCUGUGUACACCACCACCACCGCCAAAUUAUAUACAGCUGUAACUUCGAAAACUGUGCAGCUAAGAAAUAACAUGGAUUAAAUUUAAUCUCACUGCCAUGAGGAUUGGUUAGCUCAAGGCAUGUGGUAAGUGGAAACACUGGAAGCCCUGUGUCUGGGUGUACAUACAUAUACAGACAUGGCUGUGCAUUUAAGAAGUUGGCUUCCCAACCACAUGGUAUAGGUUUCAGUUGUACAGUAUGACAUGUUGGUUAAAUGUCUUUGACUAUAGCUUUAACCUGGCUGCCCAAAAAUUUUGUGAGUGGAUUUGGUAUAAGGAAACUGAAAGAAGCCUAUUGUGUACACAGUCAUACAUACACAUUUGUGUGUGUAUAAUUUUUUCUUUGUGUGAUAGCUGUAAAAUGAACAUCAGCAGUAUACAGGUGGUGUCUUUCAUUUCCAGUCUUCAAAGAAAACCUUUCAAAACAUGUGAGGGUUGGUGACAGGAAAUGCAUCCAGACAUUAAAAAAAAAAAUCUACUUCAACAAAUUCCAUGCAAGCAUUGAAAAGUGGAUAUUAAAAUGAUUAUAUAUGAGAGAGAAAGAGAAGAGAGUGGGAGGAACAAUAGUUGGUAGUGUUCUAGUUAUUUUCCCUUUCUCAGCAGGAAAAUAAAAUAAGAAUUAGACAAAGUACUGAAUGGGUGGGGGUCAAUAUAAUCAACUAAAAACCCUUAAAAAUACUGUGCUAGUUAUUGCCAUACUCUAGUGACUGAGCCUGGUAAAAGAAGGCACACAUACACACACACUUUAUAUAUACCUGCCUUCAUUCUUCAGUGAUAAUAUUUUCCCAUUUCUCGAUUGCUUUUCUGACCUCUUACCAUGCAUCCAUUGACCAUUAUUUCUGUUGACACUAAUUGAAAAAAGAAUCUGAUACUAAUCUUAUUAGGCAUGAUGUUUUCAAAGUGUAAGUAGCAGAAAAGUUUGAUAUUGUAACAUUGAUACACUUCCUAUUAACUUUAAUUGUGCCAUUUUGCUACAAAUAAACUGAGAAAAGUAAAAGACCCUGACACAGUUACAAAAAUUGACGGUUUUCUGUCAUUGUUAUAUGCAUUACACUUGUUCAGUUUUUAAAAAAAACAGAUUUAAAAUGAUGGUAAACCAGCUUUGUGAGUUAGACUGGAAGUGUUUAUGUGGACACUGUAUUUGCUAGAAAUAACCAAAUAUCCCUUAACUCACACACUGUCUUAAAGUAGGAUAUGUUGGUUUGUAUAAUCUGGUGUACUCACUAUUCUAGGAAAACGACUGGAUGGUUUUAAAUGGAACACUUAAUCAUAGGUUUACUUGCCCAGAACUGACAUGGAGCUAAACAACCACAUUAUCUAUUCCUUCUUAUAGCUACCUCACUUAUUCUGCUAACUCAAUUAGGAAAAACAAGAUGCCAUUGCAAUUGCUAUAUUUCUUCAUUUCCUGUUAUCAAUAAGUGGGAUCACUGAUUAUUGGAUAUCUUAAGUUAUUGAUUUAAUUAUUAUCACACUAGUAUAUGGCAUGUGUGUAUCUGUGUGUUAUUGCAAUACCUCAGUGUGG